AUGCACCAUCCCCGACUGGCCGAUUUCUUCGAAGAGUUCACCCGCCCCCACACCUCGCAAACAGCCAACCUGACCGCCUCCGCCUCCUCCUCCCACCUCUACCAGCACGGCUACAGCCACGGCGUCACCUACGGCUCGUCCUCGCCCGCGCUCGUCCCCUCGUACCUGCCCAUCGAGGACAUCUACGUGCUGCCGCAGUACCAGCCGCCCAACCCCGAGGACGAGGACGACGUGGUGCCGGACCAGCAUGCGGCGUUUGGGAUCACGAGGGCUAUGGAGAGGAGGAGGGAGCCCGUGUGGCGGGAUCUGGGGCUGGAGGGGUUAGUUGCUGGAGGUGGGAGUGGAGGUGCGGGUGGAGGGAAGAAGGGGGCGAAGGUGAGGGUUAAGGACGCGGGGAGGUUGAUGGGGGGGAAGAGGACGGUUUGUUUGCGGUGA